AUGGAUUACAUCUACGAAAAGAUUGCUGGUAAAGGCCCGGCUCGAAAAUACAACCUCGAGAAAUGUCGAAAGGAACUCGAAAAGAGCUGCUCAGACUACCAAAAGCGUGGCAAUUGCUUUCCUCCCCCACCACGGACCACACCUUGCACAAGCAGUGCACCCACUCAACAACAACCGUCCCCGAAGCAGAAGAAGGUUCGCUUCCAGACUUAUCAGUCUCUGAAUGAAACUGCACAUAUUCCCCACAAAGUCAAGCGGUGCCCCUUUCAAUACAACGAAAAGGAACUUCGAGAGAGAGCUCAACAACUCAAAGCCGACUCCAAGCAUGCAUCUAAGCUUCGACUCCAUCAGCAUCCAGUGUCGACUGCUGAUCCCUUGGAUGGUUAUACAGGCCACGAUUUCUCGAACGACUGUUCUAAGGAUAACUCGAGUACCGAGGACUUCGCACCUCGUAGACAUCCGACACUGCAUCGUCAGAAUCUUACACAGGACGAGUUCAUUGCCAUCAGGGACACGGCUGCGCGCAUUGCAAGUCACUGUGCUGUCCGCGACAAACAGCCAUAUCCUGACUCGCCUCCUCAGGAGGCCUUGCACCGCAUACGCUCUGCUGUUUGGUCGGAAAGGGCCAAAGACGAUGGCCAAAAUAGCACUGCACCGCCCCCUCCAGGCGAAGCGCAGGACGACAAUGGGAUCAGCGUUACUGAAGAUGGCUGUAUCAUCCAACGUGGCUUCGACAUCUCAUCCAUGACCUCUUCUCCUGGAGGCGCUGUUCAUAUCAGGUGUGACUCAGGGUGCGAAGUCCGAUGCAAGACGCCCAAUCAUGUCUCUCCUGAGCAAGAAACUCGUAAGGAGCCACUCAAAUCGAGCGUCAGAAAUGGAAGGGGCGCAAGAGUUCCAGUCUGCUUCCGCAAACAAGAGAUCUCACACCAACGGAAAGUGUCGCAUUUAUCAGCUUUAUUUUCCGCUCAUGGCUUCUCAAACGGCCAGAAAGAAGACCAGAAACCUGCGCUAGAGAACACGCACCAAGCACAUAUGCCACAGCAGCGUCAUCGAAUGCCAGUUCCUGCACGUCCUCUGGUCUUCUCGGGCUCUGGCUCGUCAGGUGCCGUCGUGUCUGAUAGCGAGGAUGAUAGCGAGGAAGAGCAGGAGCGAUCUGAGGCCAAGAAGGUAGAUAGUGCUACAGGCUCUCCUACUUGUGCGGAUGGGGCUAAGGAUACGGCUGGUCACGGUAGUGUUGCCACCCUUGUUGUCUCGUACAAGCCUGCUGAAACUGUGAAGACAAGCAAUCGUCUGCCGCAACCUUCUGCACCGCCCUCGCCUCCGUUAUCCAAGCUUCCAGUCCCCAGCUUCCCCCGAGUCAAACAGGGUCAACAUCUCCAUGCUGGUACAGCCCUCCCACAAAGGCUAUCAAAGCAUCAUGACCUUGCUUCGAGAUCUGACGAGCAAGCUGCGCAAGAACUUCCACCUUCACAGCAACGAAACCCACAACCACGAUUUCUUCGUUCCCAGCAGACAGCCAAAGUUCUCCUGGCUCAUCAGCAACAACGCCGUGCUCGACAAGCUCCCCUUCCUCACCCUCAAUCACCAUGCCAGACCCUUGGGCUUUAUCUACCUACACCCCCAAAAUCCUUCUCCGAAAGUGGCAACUAUGUCUCUGCGCUCCUUGACAAGAUUGAGAGGAAUGGUGGAAGGCGUCCUGAGAACUUCAGCUGGGAUCAUGUCGCACCAAUGCAUGGCUUUAGCUCAUGUCGUGCCUUCUACGUCCUCGAUUAG